AUGGCCAUGUCAGGAUCCUCGAACGGCGGAGACUUCGCCAGCAAUUCAAUUAUGCCAAAUUUCAACGCUUUGAACAACCUGGGUGCUGCUACUCCUGGCGUCGGAAACUACGAUUUUUACCCCCAGCAAACCAAUCAAAUGGUACGCGCUCUUGACUGGAAUUGUCCAGCUCCAUAUUACAACCUGCCCAUCCACCAACAGCUGAGCAACAAUCAAGCCAGUACAAAACUCGAACGAGCAUUCGGUGGAGAUAAAUAUCUCACGAGGUCGCGGAGGAUUCAUCUGGCGGAGACACUUAAAUUGUCCGAACGACAAGUCAAAGUAUGGUUCCAAAAUAGACGGAUGAAAUGUAAGAAAGAAUGUGGUCGAUCUGCGUCGCCUGAAAUUGUGAAGAAUGAUAUGGCGCGAGAAACAACACAAUCCGAGAAUUUGAGGACCUUACCGGCACAGCUUCACCCGAAUGUUAUUUCAGCAGCUACUAAUACCGUACAAGUGCUUCAAGUUCCUCGACAUUUAAUUCAACCUUCAGUGCAGUACUCACUUCCCAGUGCAAAUGGUCAAAACCCAAUCAAACGAGAAGAUCAACAGUACCAUUUUCCAAUCACUCCAGAGCCGUCCCCAGAGCAAAUUUCGUUCAACAACAACAAUGGCACUGGAGACCAGAUUCAACCGACCAAUGAAGUGUACCCUUAUGGUAACCUAAUCAACACCCAGUUAAAUAAUUUUUCAUCUUAUCCUUGCACGCAAUUCAUUACGUCUACUGAUGCUGAUGCAAACGUUGAAUUAGAUGAACAAAUUAACCAAAUUCUGCAGAUGCUGGAACAAAAUCAGGAUUCAUUGUGGCACAGCCAGCAGGAUGUGGCCAGUGGAUCAGCAUCGUGUAAUAGGUUAUGA